CUUGUUUUCUUCCCCUGAGCAGGGCUUCCCGUUUCCAAAUCUGAUGUGAUCUCCCGGCUGGAGAAAGGGGAGGAGCCCUGGGUCCCAGACCUCCAGGAAUCAGAGGAACAAGAGAUCCUGAGAGGUGCCUGCCCAGGUGAUGGGAUGGUGGGUCAGAAUCUUCAGCAGAAGGAUGAUGUGCAACCGGAACCACACCGGAUAUUAUUGCUAAGAUCCAAAGGGAAUGUGUGUGGAAGUCUUGAGCAAGGAAAAUCGUAUGAGAGUCAGCACAGGCCAGAGAGCCAGCCAGGGGAGAAAGAGGGUAAAUCCAUUAACUGUCAGACAACUCACAAAGGCCUCAGAGGAACCACAGAACAGCACACAAACCUCACAGAAGAGGGAAAAACCUCAUGCACUGAGUGUGGGAAAAACUUCCGAGGACGCUCAGGCCUUAGUAAUCAUAAGAGAAUCCACACGGGAGAGAGACCCUAUGAAUGCAGCGAGUGCGGGAAAACCUUCACUCAGAGUUCUCACCUCAUUAGACAUGAGAGAAUCCACACUCGGGAGAGACCCUACGAAUGCUGUGAGUGCGGGAAAAGCUUCACUCGGCAUUCAGACCUUAUCACGCAUCAGAGAAUCCACACGGGGGAGCGGCCCUACGUAUGCUGUGAGUGCGGGAAAAGCUUUGCUCAGCGCUCAGCCCUGACUAAACAUCAGAGGCUCCACACAGGGGAGCGGCCCUACGAAUGCAGCGAGUGUGGGAAAAGCUACACUCGGAGCUCAGACCUCAUUACACAUCAAAGAAUCCACACGGGGGAGAGACCCUAUGAAUGCAGCGAGUGUGGGAAAACCUUCACUUGGCGUUCAGCCCUUACGACGCAUCAGAGUAUCCACACAGGGGAGAGACCCUAUGAAUGCAGUGAGUGUGGGGAAACCUUUGCUCAGCGCUCAGCCCAUAUCAGACAUCAGAAAAUCCAUGCAGGGGAGAGGCCCUAUGAAUGCAGCGAGUGUAGGAAAAGCUUCGCUGAGAGCUCACACCUCAUUACGCAUCAGCGAAUCCAUACGGGAGAGAAGCCCUACGAAUGUGGCGAGUGCAGAAAAAGAUUCAGUCAGAGUUCAUACCUUACUAAACACCAGAGAAUCCACACAGGCGAGCGCCCCUAUGAAUGCAGCGAGUGCGGGAAACGCUUCACUGACCACUCUAGCCUUACUAAACAUCAGCGAAUCCACACCGGGGAGCGUCCCUAUGGAUGCGGCGAGUGCGGGAAAACCUUCACUGAGAGCUCGCACCUUAUUACGCACCAGAGAAUCCACACGGGAGGACGAUGCUAUGAAUGCGCCGAGUGCGGGAAAAGCUUCACAGAGCACUCAACCCUUAUGAAACAUCAGAGAAUCCACACGAGAGAGAAAUGCCAUCAGUGCAUUGAGUGCGGGAAAACCUUCUCUCAACGCUCACACCUUAUGAAUCAUGGGAGAAUCCACACAGGGGAGAGACCCUAUGAAUGCAGCGAGUGUGGGAAAACCUUCACGUGGCGCGCAGCCCUUAGACAUCAGAGAAUCCACAGCGGGGAGAGACCCUAUGAAUGCAGCGAGUGCGGGAGACGCUUCACCGAGAGCUCACAACUUGUUAGGCAUCAGAAAGUCCACAAAGGAGAUGAUAAACCAUAAAAAACGUAUGUAGGGCUGUAAGUUUCUGUAAAACUCCAUAGUCCUAUGACUCAUGGGAAUGUGUCCCCCUCCUGCCAGGAAUGUCAGUCAGCUCAAGGUGUGGGAAAUAAGGGUGGUCUCAACUAGCUAUAUCAGCGUAAAAAUCUACCUAGGCCUCAUCCCCAGUAGGAUUUUCCAUGGAGUUAGGUAGCUCGUGUUAGCUGUCCUGAUGUAAAAACACAACUAAUCUUACAAUAAUAACAUUGCUCUUGUCUAAUGUCCCGGUUCUCUAGCACGUUUCCUUAUGACCCGACCCAGUCUCCAUUUCCUAGUCAAACCUGGAGCAUUACAUUUAUACUCUGUCUCCCACGGCAAAGUGACUGUUAGAGCCACAGCGUUCACCCUUUGGAACAGAUCGUCUCAUUCCCAGUUGCUCACACGUUGAAGUUGGGUGUGCUGAAGGUGUUUUGUAUCAUUUUCCACAUUUAAAUAUAACCAGGAGCAGAAGCAGGGUGGGAAAGGUGUGGUUUCAGCCUGUGUGGCACCUGAAGGUGAUGGGUGAUUUGCAGGGAUUCCAUCCUGUUGCAGUGUUGCCUUUAUCGUCUUCACAUUCUGCCCGUCUACUUCCCAAAAUGUCACUCGAUGCAGCGUCCUCAGCUCUCAGAGGCUAAAUAUGCUAAGAAAGGAUAAGUCUAAAUAAGUCUAGAAAGGAGCUGUGAUGCUGUCUAUCAGGUCGCCAAAAGGUAUUGUACUGUGAUCAGGCCAAUUCACUUCUGUGUUGGUACAUUUCAGAGGAAAUGAAAUAUAAUUGUUCUCACAUAUCCAUAAACCUGUUGAUUGCUAUAACCUUACGUUAUCUAUGUCCCUAUUCUUAAUUAACCCUAGAUCAAAAGCCUGUGUUGAGAAUUUAUUUGACGUGUAAACGUCAUUUCAACCAAUGAACGAUUGCUUGGAAAGCUCAAAUGAAUGCGUAAGGGUACAAUUCUUGCAGCGGGAUUGGAGCCGUGGAGCAGUAAAUGAAGAAGCAGGCGGACUUCAAAGCAUGGGCCAUUGUGUUUGACACUCGGCAAUCUGCAAAUUUUGCCCUGGUCUACACUACACAGUUACAUCGUCAUAAGGCAGCUUAUGCCAGUGUACACACUACAGCCUUGCUCCCACCAACAUAAGGGCCCUACCACCUCCACGAGGAGCACAGGGUUUAUGUCAGUGUAGUUAGGGUGAUGCAGUAUCAGUGUAGACACUGCGUUACUUACAGCGGCUGCUGGCUUACCUCCACCGCCGCCAUGACAUUGCUAAGAAGGCCCGGCUCCGCUCCAAGCCAGGCUGACACUCAGGCUCCCAAUUUGAGCUGCCACUUGGACUCCCUACUGGGAACCCUGCGCCCCCUCCUUCCCCGGGCUCUCAGUUCCCCACCGGGAGCACAGCAGCUGACUGGACUGUGGGUGCAGAUCUCCCCGUAGAAGUGCUCCGGGUAAGGACGUGCAGCACUGACAGACAGACAUAAGCCACCUAGGUCAACUUAAAAAUUGUAGUGAGUCUGUUUAGUCAACAAAGGAAGAGGCCAUGCUGUGAUGAGAGCACUUGCUAGAUUGAUUUCCACAGAAAGCAACUAUAAGACUGAACCCUGGGAAUGAUCCCAUCUCUCUGAGCUGUUUGGACACUCCCUGGGAAGCAUUACAGAUGCAAGACAGAGCUUCCCCAGAAUUGUUUUGGGUAUCACUGGAGACUUGUGGACACUGGGAGAUAACUACAUCUCUGCUAUCAGUUUGGACUUACAAACUUGGUCUCCCCUGUUCAUGUAUUUUACCUGUUCUAACCUCGAACUCUCAUUCCUUAGCCAAUAAGUCUUGAGUUAGUUUACAAGAAGAGAAAUUGGCUGCAGCAUGGUCGCUGCUGUGAGACUGAGAGUAUCCAUUGAGCUGGGGUAUGUGACUGGCCCUUUGGGGCUGGAAGCAUCAGGGGCUGCACUGGCACCACUCUGAGUGAAGUUCAGACAGGACCCGUGUGUAGCGUGACAUCCCUCAGUGUACACGCUUUAGGGCCAACCUCCUCGGCUCCAGCACCUCCGUGGGUCUGGCCUCAGAGUGUUUCAUGCCUGAUUCUUGCUGUGAGCUCCCUGCAGUGAGGUCACCUGGGGGACCAUGCACCCCAUCUUUGCAGUCAGU